GCUCGGCCUGUCCUACCAGCUAUUAUUAGUAGUCAAGAUUGUGUUAGAAGUUCACAGGGGCAUUUGGAUUUCUUGAUUUCUCUGCUGAGUGGCCGGAGCUUGUUAAUGUGACUCAUGUCAUGCAAGUGUGACAUGGCUAGCCUUUGAAAACAAUAGCUCCUCUUUGCCUUGCAAGGGAGGGCCUCAUCCAACCAGCCAAGCAACAGUCUUUCACUUCUGCUUCUCUGAGGAAGUGAGAAAGCACAUGACCCGAACCAGCUGAUACAAGUUAUGCUGCUUGUUCAAAGUCUACUAGGUGCAGAUUAGUAAGGGGCGGGCUGUUCCGCGGAAGGGUCUGGGUGCCGUGCGUUUUCCGUCAUGCCACAGCGGGUCCCAGCUUGUCUUUCAGUCCAGCCGUAGGAAUACAGACAGACCCCUCGUUCCCCUGGAAAAACGCAACGCGGAUGACGAGGCCGUUCUGGAGCCAGGGAACACCUUGAUGGCUCUCACACAACUACAGAACCAAACUAUGAAGAGAGAGAGGAUCAAUAGGGAGACGGGAGAGCUGAGUGCUUCGGGGGAGUUGUCCGUGUCGCUGGAGGUGAAGGAAGAGAAGGUGGAGGGCUCUUCUGGAACCCCUCGGCUCCUUCAGCUGCUCAAAGAGCUCAAAGAGCAGCUGAAGGAACUGGGAAUUUACACGUACUCAAGCCAUGACCACAAAACUGACCAGCAUCCUUUAGAGCGACUAGAGCAGCACCUGCCUAAAGUCCUCCAUCUCUACACACAGGUUUGUGAAGACGGUGCCAGAUUUGAUGGUGCAGAUAUAAAGGGCCUUGCAGCUCUCACUGCUGACUCUGUCGUCCAUAAUAUCCACAACAGACUAGAAGGACGGCCCGCAGAGCAGGCCCGUGAAGAGGUGGUGAAGUUUCUCAAGAGGCCAAAUAAAGAAACAAGUUGUGAAGCAGAGACAAGUUCAGGAUGGCAGCUGUUAAAGUCGCUUUUGUUGCUCACAUCAGGCUCAGCAGAGACAUUAUCUCUUUUAAACCCAGAGCUGCCUGCUGCUUUGGUGAAAUGCCUGUACCUGCUGGUUUGCCUUCCUGCACAACAGGAGAACGCCGCCACAGAGCAGACCUUCCAGGAGCCUCUGACCCAGAUUUUCCUUCAACUCUGCCAGAACCCGCGGAACGUGGAACGGCUGGUAGAGACCCAGGAGCUGCAGUGCCUCAUCAUCGGACUCACAUCACUGUGGGAUCAGACCAGUCCCCAGUGGAGGCACCAGGCGUCAUGCGUUCUCAAAGCUGUCUCUUCUGUACCAACAAAUAAAACCGUGCCAAGUUUAUUACGCAAAAACUGUGUGCGAAUCUGUAUCCAGAACCUGUUGCACAUCAAAGCCAAAGUCUCAGGAUCUCUGCUGGCGGAGGUGGCCGUGGCCGUCUUUAGCUUUGUAAGAGACACAUACCACCUGAAUCCAGCCCUCUUCAUUGAGUUUGACAGCAACAACGGCUACAAGGCCCUGAAAAACAUCCUGAAACGCUGUGAAGACGGCGUGCCCAUGGAUCAGUUUCAGCCCGUGCAGGAACUGCUGGCUCUGAUCGCAGCUUUCACUUUUCUUGGAAAAGCAGAGCUGAAAGUGGCUCUCUGUGUGACCAAUCCCCAGCCUGCAGGCUUCAAGUUUGACCCCCCACUCACUAAAGGUCUGGCAGUAAAGAACCUUCCUGCCUUCCACCUGCUGCAGGCUUCUCUGCUGCGUUCCCAGGACUGUCUUUUCUGCUGUCAGCUCCUUCGAACUCUGCAGACGAUCUGGGAGAAAGACCCGGCUAAUUUCUUUCUCUUAGAGUGGACGGUGCAGUCGAUGGCGCAGCUAGCUGUGCGAGUGAACUGUAAACCGCUGCCUGUCAUGAAGAUCUUCUUUUCAAUGCUGGAGAUGGUGGUGUUUAAGUUGAACUAUAUACCCCAUGAGACGCUGCGAGCCCUGCUGGGUGUACUGAAGCAGAACUGGGCUGGGACUGGCGGAGCGGCAGGGACAGAAUUUAGCGUAGAGGCGCUCCGGAGUUUUCACAAGAUGGUUGUGCACAGCACUAUGCUAACAGAGGUACUAAGUGAUUGGGGAAUACUCGAACUGCUGCUCGGAGAACUUCGCAGGAGGGCUAAGAUCCUGAGGAAGGCUGGAUUUGUAUCUUCCCCCAAAGAAAAUCCCUUGCAGCCUCAAUGUGUGGAGAGAAAUGAGAGACAACUAACUAGCUGCAUGCUUCAGGUUGUUUCAACCCUCACUUUGCGAUCAAUCAAAAACACAGUGUCGCUGCGAGAUCUCGGCAUGGUGCCCUACAUAAAGAUCUUCUUGGACGAUGACCAGUAUCGGGGUCCGACGCUCAGCAUCUUGGAGCAGCUUGCUGAGAUCAACCCUGAUGAAUUCAUGAGCACAGCAGUCGGAGCCCUCUGCUCCUCCACGCAGCAGGAGCUCAAGCUGAAGCUGGACCUCUUGCAGUCUGUGCUCAGAGUGUUGGAGAGCCCCAACUCCUGGGACCCCUUCAGGAAGGCCGGAGGCUUCACUGGGCUGCUGUCUCUGAUGGUGGACAUGGAAGGAGCUCUGGCCGACCCUCCGGAGGGGGAAGUGUGGAAGACUUUGGGGCCUCAACAGCUGCUGGACCUCAUCCUCCUCACGCUGCACAUUAUGGCUCUGGCCGUCCAUCUUCACGUUGUAAAUGCACACCAUUUUGACACUGGGGGGUUUUAUGAAAGGCUCUCGGAUGCUCUUCUCCAUCUGGGCUGCUUUCACGUGGAAGGCCCAAAGUGGGAUGGAGAGAAGUGCUCCUGUCCCAAAACCUCAGAUGAAAACCAGUCUCCAGGAGAGAGCUUUUUCCGCUUUGUUGAGUUUGCAGAAGCCUCUGCAACUCCCAACAGUUCGCCGAAGCAAAGUCUGCCCAUCACUCUUCAGACGUGCAUACGGCUGCUCUCUUACCUCGACCACUUCGCCACAGGGACCUACUCUCCUCAGGCUCUGGGGCCAAAGCCCGACGGCCAAGGUGAUGAGAAUAAUGAGACGCUAUUUGGACCAGGAGGAUGUGAAGGAGUUAAUUCUGGACCUCCAUCAGUCUUCUCUGGAUCAGGUCCACAGUCCAUGGAGGAGAAACUGGGAAGUGUCAGAAACACAGCACCCAGCAGUCCCACAAUCAGCACAGUGAGCCAGUUCAGCAGGCUCACAUGUGAUCAGGUUAUUCUUCAUCCAGGGGCAGUCCGAGUGAUUAUGACUCUCCUUCCACACGUGUUUGCUCCAGAGGACCCACAGUUGUCUAUGGAGGUCCAGUUCUCACUGGCUCACCACAUCCUGGCCAUGGUCAAAUCAGAGCGAAACCGACAGAUAAUGUGUAAGGGGGGACUGGUGUCCACUCUGCUGACACACUGCCGCAGCAUGCUGCUGUCUCCAAACCACCACCUGCAUCUCCCUGUGACAUGUAUUUUCGAGAAGCUCUCCUCUCAGGCCAUCUCUUGUUCUGACUUCAGGAAGUUCCUGUGUUUAGGAGAUCCUCUGAUGUGCUUGGUGAACCGAACAUCCAAGCAGGCUCAGCUGGAAAGCGACCAGACACUUGAGACACCAUGUUCACAAAAUCAGAACACAAAGGCAGAAUCCGCUGACUCUUCCCGGAAGACACUGAAACGGACCUUCAGCUUGUUGCAGCCUACAGCCUCAUUCGGUUCUGCCAUCUCUGUCCACCAGAUCGUCACUCUGGUGUCCAUGACAGUACCGCGCACCUUCAGACCACACCGACUGUCUUCCUCACCUGCCUUUGUAGAGUUUGACAUGAGUGAGAGUGGAUAUGGGUGCCUUUUACUCCCGUCUUUAGCCACGGUGAAAGGCGUGACUGCUGAUUCCAUCUCAACUGGAGGAAUUGGAGGAGAAUGCAGGGGCUUUCCGCCAGCAGCCGGCCUGUCAUUCACCUGCUGGUUCCAGAUCAACAGGUUCAGCUCGGCUUGUGAUUCCCACCCGAUCCGUCUGCUGUCAGUGGUGCGCCACAUGUCCCGAACUGAACAACAGUACAUCUGUUUGUCGGUCUCUUUCUCGGCCUACGAUGGCUGUCUGGUCAUAUCCACAGAGGAGGAAACGUUCACAUACCUAGAUAUGCUGGAGCCAGAGGUUUGCACUCCGACCUCCCUGCCCUCGUCACUGAGGUUCCGCUGCUCUAGCAUGCUGGUCCCUGGCCAGUGGCACCAUUUGGCUGUCGUCAUGGCCAAAGAUGUCAAGAAAAGCUGUAUAACUUCAGCCUACUUCAAUGGAAAGGCAUUGGGAACCGGAAAGAUGAAGUAUGUUCAGCCAUACCCAGGUCAGUUUGUCUCCAUGGACCCCACAGCUGUGAUUGAUGUGUAUGGACUGAUAGGGACACCAGCCAUGUGGAAAGAUCAUGCAGCUUUAGUAUGGCGCGUGGGUCCCUGUCACCUAUUUGAAGAGGUGUUGAGCUCAGAGGCCGUGGCUGUUGUUUACACGCAAGGCACCGCAUACCUAGGGAACUUCUUGGCUCUGCGCGACAUGGGCCCCGAUCCAAACGCUGAGUGUUUCCCGCUCAGGCUGGUUCCUGAGGAGAGAAUCUCUUUUGGCAUCAAUCCUGCAAUUUCUACGUUAACAAGUGUGGUGCAGAUCAGAGAGGAUUACAAUGAGGUGGACUGCAGACUGAUCGCUAAAGAGAUGGGGAUAACAUCUCGAGAUUCCUCCACACCUGUUUUUCUCCUACCAAACAUUAGCAAGCAUCUGAGUGGUACAGCGCGCACCAUAGGCGCUGCCUUGAUUGGACAUUUUGGUGUCCGAACGUUCACGCCAAGGUCUGCUUCCAGUGGUUUCCUGUAUGUUGGCGGGCCUUCCGUUGUUCUCAGUCUUGUUGCGAUGGCGCCAGAUGACAGCUCUUUGUAUGCGGCUAUUAAAGUUCUUCUUUCUGUGCUGGAAACCAACUCCGCAAUGCAGAGUGAAAUGAACCGAAUCAAUGGAUACAAGUUAUUAGCCUUCUUACUGAAGAUGAAAAGCAGUCUUGUCAGCCAUCGAACCUUCCAGCUGGUUAUGUGCCUCUCCAGUUCGGUGGAGAUGAGCUGUGGGACUGGUUUCCUACAGAACACACCUGCUUUCCAGGCUCUGUUGUGUGAUCUAGAGGUGUGGCAGAACACACCAGACAGUCUGGACCUCUCAGUCCUGAAAUACUUUGCUGAAAUCCUGAAAUCUUCAAGUGACGGCAGGAAUGCGGAGGUCAUGCACAGCGUGGGCCUGCUGCCUAAGCUACUGUUUGACUUGAGUGAUCCGGCUGUGACCGUCCAAAGGGUUCACAUUAUUUCUGCCAUCAUCACUUCCCUGCUGAAGGCUCACCUGACUUCUUCGGACAUAAGCAGACUCGGCCUUUUCCUGGUCUACACACUCCCUCCAUCCAGUGCAAAAUCUGAAGGCAGCGAGAUAUCGGAAGGUGAUCUUUCAAGUGAAAUGUCAGCUCAGAGUUCAGGUCCAACCAACCUCAUCUGCAUCCGCAACAAGAUGCUGCUGGUACUCUGUGAAAUCCUCACGUCAGACAGCCUUCAAAAAAAUCACCAGGCGACAGUGUUUGAAUCUCUUGGCAGUGAUUGGUUCCUGCUCUUCCUUCAGGCCCACCUCCACCCUUCCACUUUGAAACUGGGCCUGGUCCUGCUCACACAGUUUCUGUCCAGUCCAGGCCAGCAGGGCAGCUUCAGAGAGGGGGUGAUCCCAGGAACGCUCAUAGAGGGCAUAGAGGAGCCAUUUGUUAUCAUGGACAACCUUCGAGCCCAACCAUGGUCUCAGGAGUGCCUCAGCCCCACAUGUCCAGGUUUUGAUGUUCUCCAGGAGCUGUUGGUCAGACACACUCACCUGCCACAGGUAUAUGAAGCUCUAGCUGCUGUUCUGCUUGGGAGGAGCUCACACCACACUACAGAGGGAGAGGUCCAUUUGGAUGACGCGCUGCAGUCGUUGAUUGAGAGCCAGCGGGAAGCUCCAUCUCAGCAGCUUUGUGUGGAAGCUGCUACAACACUCCUGGAGCUGGUUAAAGUUAUCAUCUCUCAGCCUUUUUCUGCAGACCCAUCUGAUAGCGAUGCGCCAUGGGAGGUGCAGCUAACAGCAAGUGUGAUGCAGUUUCUUUGCCUCCUCCACAAUCUCCGGCCAAGAGACCCACUGUGGGCAUCACCCAAAUUCCUGCGUUCAAUCGCCAGCGUUGUUUAUCCUGUGGAGGUUAAGCCUUGCGAAAUGAGUGAGAGAGAGGAAACAUUCAGCACUCAUCCAACUAGGAAGCCGGUACUCGAUUUCAUUCGUAUUCUGCUGAUGGACAAUCUUCUGAACGUGUGUGCAAACGCCGAUACACAUCCUGUGGUUCUGCUGCUGGAGUUUUGUCCUGACGGCACGUCGGUGGAGCAAAGGCAGAGUUAUCAGUCUGAGCUGGUGGAGCUGAUCAUGAACAUCAUCCAUAUGCUCAGCUACGAUGAGGAUAACAACACCCAUCUUACCUCGCAAGACUGCAGUCGUGACAUGCCCGAGGGAGAGAUGGGUACUCUGAUGGAGAAUGUGGUGCUCUUCAGUCGGACUUUGCUGGAGAACCUUCACAAUGCAAUGUUCACUGGAGAUUCUGAAACUUUACUUGACUUCCUGGCGGAUCAGAUCAUGGUGGCUGUGGGGAAAGCUCACUCUCAGAGGGAGAGGACGGUGUCCGCUCUCUACUCAUGCACCAAUAAAGUGCUGCUUCACUUCCUGUCCCAACCACGACAGUCCCAAGAAGAGAAAGAAGUCGUUAUCAAGGCACUGCAGACCUUCAUGGGACGCUGGGAUGUUUUCAUGGCAACCUUCAAUGCUAAUGUGAACUUCAUCACCUGCCUUCUUCAUUGUCUGCUACUCAUUCGCUCUGGCAGCUACCCUGAAGGUUUUGGAUGUGUGGCACAAAAGGGACACAACAAAAAAUCGAGCCCCCUACCUCCCAGGACUAAACGGCCUUCCUGCCUCAGUAAUGCAGCAGACAUCAUGACAGAUGACAAAGAGCUCGUGUCCUUAGCAGAGGCCUGCUGGUCAAAGGUCCUUUCUGAAAGGCAGCACAUGCUUGAAGAGAGCUUGAAGGUUGAGAUCUCAGCGAGCAGUGCGACUGAGACGAAGCCGGUUACCAUGACCGAAAUCAGCCCCCUGUGGGAGGAGAUGGCACACAAAGCUUGGCAGCUAUACACAGAAUCUCAGAAGACAAAAGCGGCCAGCAGAUCUCAGAGGACGCUUGAUGUCAUAGGUAGCGCUCUACGCGCUGCUUUGGGCAAAAGUCAAGAGUCGAUAAAAGCAGAGGAGUUUCUGUACCACAUGGAGUCGCAUCGGCACCGAGGCCACAGCGUCUUCGAGAACAUGAGGACCAGCCACUUACAGAUGCAAACCGCCGAGUGGGAGCUCGCGAGUUCUCAGUGGAUGCGUGUGGAGGCCGAGCUGCUGAGGGAGAGAGCUGUGUUCGGCCCGGGCCCUGGGGUGCUGUUGAGUCAAGACUGGGUGCAAGAAUCUGCAGAAGGACCCAACAGGACCAAGCUGCGCAUACGCAGGAAAGCCAUGAGGCAGUCCAAACGGCUCCUGGGAGCAAUGGGUCUCGGCCUAAGAUCUGAGGAGAAAGAUGGCAGAUCCAAUAGUGAUGCAGAGCCCAAGAUCUUGUGUGACGUCGAUCCAGAGGUCAAAGAGGACGAAGCAGAGGGAGAGCAGAGCUGCGAGCGUCUGACGUUUUUCCCGGCUUUGAACGAGACACCGACAGUGACCGAGGGUUUACCUGACCCUUUCACCCCUGAGCCCUGCUCACACACACAAGACUGCCCUGACAUGCGCAUUGUCCUCCAGGAGCUGCACCCCGGAGAGAAGAUAAAGGCAAAAAUGUGCAUGGUGAUGGUGAGUGGCCUCAGGGUGACAGAAGGUUUGCUGCUGUUUGGAAAUGAGAGCCUGCUCUUGUGUGAGGGAUUCACGCUGAACACCGCUGGAGACGUCUGCUGCAGGAGACACCACCCGAGCAGAGUGAAGGAUUCCUUUAUUUCCACCAUGCUGAGCAAAGAGCUGCCGUCGGCCACGUGCAGACGCUGGCUUUACGAGGACAUCAAGGAGGCGCGCUUCAUGCGCUUCCUUUUAGAGGACAAUGCCAUUGAAAUUUUCAUGAAAAAUGGACACUCUGCAUUCCUUGUGUUCCUGAAUAAAGACCAUGUCUCCGCAUAUAAAAGACUAAGCACAGUGGUGCCGGCAUUAAAAGGCAGAGCUGUUGCUGAGGUCAUUGCUAACGCAAAGAAGACUCCAGUGGUUGGAAAGACAGCCCUUGUUAAAUGGCAGAAAGGCGAGAUGAGCAACUUUGAGUAUUUGAUGCACCUGAACACUAUUGCUGGAAGGACGUACAAUGAUUUGAUGCAGUAUCCAGUUUUCCCCUGGAUCCUGGCUGACUAUCAGUCAGAGACACUGGAUCUGUCAAAUCCCACAACUUUCCGUGACUUGUCCAAGCCAAUGGGAGCUCAGACAGAGAAAAGGAAACAGAUGUUUAUAGAGAGAUAUGAAGAAGUGGAAAACACUGGGGGCGAAGUAACAGACAUGUCAGCACGUUGCCACUACUGUACACACUACUCCUCUGCCAUCAUUGUGGCCUCCUUCCUUGUAAGAAUGGAGCCUUUUUCACACACUUUCCAGGCACUUCAGGGAGGGUUUGAUAUCCCUGAGCGGAUGUUCCACAGUAUAGGAAAAGAGUGGGAGUCGGCAUCCAGAGACAACAUGGGAGACGUCAGAGAACUGAUACCGGAGUUCUUCUACCUGCCAGACUUUCUGCUCAACUCCAACCACAUCCAGCUCGGUUGCUUGGAGGACGGCACCGCUCUGGGAGAUGUGGAACUGCCUCCGUGGGCGAAAGGUGACCCCCAGGAGUUCAUUAGGAUCCAUCGAGAGGCCCUGGAAAGCGACUAUGUGAGCUCCUGCCUCCACCUGUGGAUCGACCUGAUCUUUGGACACAGACAACAAGGUUCAGCCGCUGUGGAAAGCGUGAAUACAUUCCACCCCUAUUUCUAUGCGCAGAGAGGCCGACAACAUGCAAAAGACCCCAUGAUCAAGAGCACCAUCUUGGGAUACGUCAGCAACUUUGGCCAGAUUCCCAGACAGCUUUUUACCAAGCCUCAUCCUCCUCGUGGGGGCUUCAAGAAAGAUGGGUCUUCACCCUCUCAUCCGACUCCAUUUUUUUUCCAACUGGAUACACUAAAGACAUCUGCACAACCGUUCAGAGAGCUACCAAGAGGUCCGGUAGGUCAGAUACUUUGUCUUGAGAAAGAAGUCUUGGUCGUGGAGAAAAACCGGUUACUUGUAUCGCCUCCAUCCGGCUGCGUCUUCAGCUGGGGAUUCCCAGACAACAGCUGCGCCUUUGGAAACUACGGCGCAGAGAAGCACUUUGCAGUAAGCGAGAGCUUGUGCGACUGGGGCGAGACGCUGUGCGCCGCCUGCCCCAACACGACCACCGUCAUCACCGCAGGAAGCAGCACGGUCGUCUGUGUGUGGGAAGUGGCUGUCGGCAAGGACAGACUCUCUCACAUGAAGCUCAGACAGCCCUUAUACGGUCACACCGAUGCAGUGACGUGCCUGGCUGUGUCUGAGGGCCAGAGCUUGAUCGUGAGCGGCUCCCGUGACCUCACAUGCAUCCUGUGGGAUCUGGAGGAGCUAAAUUAUGUCACCCAGUUAGCGGGACACACAAGCAGCGUCUCUGCACUGGCCAUCAAUGACCUCACGGGGGAGGUUGUGUCGUGUGCGGGACCUCGGCUGUACCUGUGGAGCAUGAAGGGCCAGCUGCUGGCUUGCACUGAAGCUUCCUGCGGGCCUCAGGCAGACAUCCUGUGCGUCGGCUUCACACAGCGGCACGAGUGGGAUUCCAGAAACGUCGUCGUCACAGGGUGUGCAGACGGCAUUAUUCGGAUAUGGAGGACAGAGUACACCAGAACACAAUUACCUGGCCCUCCAGAAGAGCCCGUGUCCCCGGGGCAGGACCAGAUAGAAAGAGAUGGGAGCGCCUCAGGCCAGGGGAAAGGCUGGAGGAGGUGUCUGGUGUUGUGUCGGGAGCUGAGCAGAAGUCCGAGCGUUUUCCAGCGCCGCCCCAACGACAGCCCCGCCGUCACCGCUCUGGCCAUGAGCAGGACUCAUGCAACCCUUCUGGCCGGAGACGCUUGGGGCAGAGUUUUCACCUGGACCUGCGAGUGAAGGACGGCUGCAGUCGAUGUUUCUGCGCACCUCGUCGCUCCGCGAGGAAAAAAAACUGAGAGAAAAACUCAUCAACAGUCUUAAGGCGUGACACUGGCCGAGCGGCAGGAGCUGUCUAGUAGUUACAACAGAAUCAAGAUACACAUAAAACACAGUAUUUCCCACUUGCGAGCAUAUUUAACUAUGUAUUUCUCUGUAAAUAAUGAAUGUCAAUUAAUAUAAAUAAAAUCAUGGAGAGACAUU